AUAUAUUUGCACGUCGAUAUUAUCUAUGAAUAUGGUACAACACUAAAUCCGCCAUUUGUGGUGGAUAUUUUUGGUUUAGGUAGGGACGUUUAUUCCGUAGAUAAGGCAGCUCCUUUCCUUUAUUUUUUUCCAUCAUCUAAGACUAUAACUGAUUGAUGAUUGACAUAAUUGAUUGAACCGCCCGUGAUUGAUUGAAUUUGACUCAAUGUGAAACAGAUAUCGCUAUAGAAUAUCAUUUUAUGUUUUAUCAUCAAAAACACCGCACAUUUCAAAGUUCAUAUAACACGUUUUAUUGUAUGUGGUAUGUAAUAAUAGUUAUUUUGAUAACUUUUUUGUGAAAGUAAAACCCGUUUCCAGCGUUUCUAAGAUAUUACAGUAUUAUUACGUAUUAUAUCAUGUUAUCAAACAAGUCUUAUCAUCGCGGAUGCACUUAAUUACUUCUUAUCGCAGCAUAUUUUCGAUUGUACAAAUAUCUGUGUUAUUGGUGCUCAUUCUUGUUUCCAGUGCUAUACUGCCCAGUCAUUGCAUUCUCAGUGUAAUUGCAUAAACAAAUCAAUAUGUUUACGUAUUUAAUGUUUAUUGCAAUAUUUCUGUGUUUCCUCCAUUUUUGUUUCAAAUACGGAACUGAAAAUGUGCGGCUAAUAAGAAAACUACCAUGUCCGGAAGAGACUUUUUGUAUUGGAAACUUAGCUACGAUUAUUUGGCUUCCGCCCGUUCAAAUUUUUAAAUUAGGAAGACGUUUGGCAAAUAAAUAUAAAGACAUUUACGGGUGGUGGGCAUUUUUUUUAACGGGAGUGAACAUCCUGAAUCCUGGAGACAUUGAGAUAGUAACUGCAGGUAAUAAACAUAGUGAAAAAGGGAAGGUAUACGGCAUUGUUGAACCGUGGUUAAAAGAGGGAUUACUUUUAAGCAACGGUCAAAAAUGGCAACAGAGACGGAAAAUUCUGACUCCAGCGUUUCAUUUCAACAUCCUGAAGCGUUAUUAUGUCGUUUUGGAAGAAAAUGGCCGGCGUUUACUCGACGCUCUGGAUAAAACUAAAGGCGAACCCAUAGACAUUAUUCCUGUUAUAUCCGAGUACACGCUUAGCAGUAUUUGUGAGACCGCCAUGGGCACUGCACUACACGAAGCUUCAUCAGGACAACAAUACAAAAAUUCAAUCUACAAACUCGGUAGUCUUUUCGUACAAAGAUUCGCCAGAUUACAUCUGAUACCAAACAUCACUUUCAGAAUGUCCUCAAUAGGGAGAAAUACGUAUAAGGAAUUGUCAAUAGUACAAGGUUUUACAAAGAAGGUUAUUACGGAGAGAAGAGAAUUUAUAAAGAAUAAUAAUGUCAACUUAACUGAUGACAAUGACAAUGACGAUGAUGAAGUAUACCUUACAAGUAAGAAGAAGAAAAUAGCCAUGUUGGACCUGUUGCUUUUAGGGCAAAAAGAAGGGGUCAUAGACGAAGCUGGGGUCCAAGAGGAAGUGGACACCUUCAUGUUUGAAGGUCACGAUACUACAGCAGCGGGGCUAACGUAUUGUUUAAUGUUACUAGCGAACCAUAAGGAAAUACAGGUAAGUAAACAGAAGUUAAAAUUAAACACUCACACAAGAUUAACUUUUGAGAUCAGGGGCCUUACCAUGAACUCUUAUUACAGUUACACUAGACAGGGCUUCUCUAUAGGGUACUCAGUAGGAAGCUAUUUAGAAACUAUAUCAACAACACCGAUCGUAAAAAAGGAGCGGCGGCGACCUAGGACUCAAAUCGGCGAGGACGAACCCAGCAACCCAGAUGAUUCACUGACUCACAUGCAGAACAUGCAACUCAGGGAACCUCCGGAACACCACUGCAUCCAUCCUGUCUGCUAUCAUCUUCAGGAUCUCGUUGUUGCUACCCCUCACCCUUCGUACUAA